UUCUAUAUAAAGGGGAAGAACGAAAAUUCUCAAAUCCAUCGAAGAAGAGAUACCUGAAACAUUGAACAGUACCCUAAGAUUUCAGCAUCAAAAUCAGGUUCCCACGUUCCAAUGUCUUCACGAGCGAUUGCUGUUGCGAUGCUUCUUUUGGCACUGACGAUAACAACUUCAGUGAGCAUACCGAGCCCCAUAGAGCAGUGCCUGAGGCAACAACUGAAUCCAGUGCCUCCACCACCGCUGGAUUCGUCCCUUUAUGGAGUCUUCGAUUUCAAUCGUAUUGUAUGCAAAGACAUGUUUCGAGGCGUCAACCAUGCGCUGCGGAUAACAGGUGAAUUGCCUCUGGAUUACAUCAUUGCUCUAUGUGAUAUCUUCGCCGAUGACGAACACAAGGUGCAGAGUCACGUCAAUCUCAUUUUUUAUACUCAAGAUUAUAACACUCUCUCCGGCGGUCGCUCUUGCGCCAUCAUCCGAACUAGGCAACGCGCCAACCCUCACAACUCCUCUCUCUGGUGAACCAAUAUCCUAUUCGUCUUCAAAUUAGGUUUUCUUUUUUUAAUUUGUGAUAACUCUUUGUUGAAAUUGGUACCUCUGU